ACAAGUUUCAUAUAUUUGGUGCUCUCUUUUUUUCUCAUUUUCCCUUUUCUUCUUCUAGAAGGCGUUCAUGAUUAUGAAGCUGUUGGCAAUCUGUUAGUUAAAGACAACAUUCCCAUUAAUUUACCCUUUUUCUGAAAGAGAGAAACAAUGACUUCGGAGGGUAGUUCGUCGUUGAAAGAGGAGUUAUCCGAUUCCGAUGGAAAACCAGUUAGUCGGAAUCCGAGUGAAGCCUCCAUGUACACUGAGGACGACGAAGAAGUCGGCCAUAUCCAGAUCGGUCCUAAAUGUACAAUCAAGGAACAUCUCGAGAAAGAUAAGGAUGAUGAGAGCUUGAGGAAGUGGAAGGAACAACUCCUAGGAGGUGUGGAUGUGAACGCCAUUGAUGAGGCUCAAGAGCCAGAUGUGAAGAUAAUGAGCCUGAUGAUAUCAUCGGAGGGGAGGCCGGACAUUGUGCUUCCGAUCCCGGAGUCGGGGAACAUUAAAGGGUUGUGGUUCACGCUAAAGGAAGGAAGCCAUUACCGUCUCCGAUUUUCGAUCAAGGUCAGCAAUGACAUUGUUUUAGGCCUCAGGUACACUAACACGGUGUGGAAGUCUGGCAUCAAAGUCGAUAGCUCGAAACAAAUGCUCGGAACCUUUAGCCCUCAGGCGGAGCCCUACUUGCACGAAAUGGACGAAGAGACUACUCCGUCUGGGGUUUUUGCUAGAGGCUCGUAUUCAGCAAGAACUAAGUUCAUAGAUGAUGACAAGAAGUGCUAUUUGGAGAUCAACUACACAUUUGACAUUCAGAAAGAGUGGGCAAAGUCUUAAAAAUUGCUGCUGCAAGGAUUUACUUCCCUCAAAUAAGCCCGGCCCCACAGCCACGUCACUAGACUGCCACUUGUGAUCGUUAACAAUUUUAUUUUUUAAUUGUUGUUUUAGACUUUUAUUUAAAUAUGUCUGAUAAAAUUAGUUACAAAAUGUUUUAGAUAAAAAUGUCGAGGAGCUUUUUUUUUUUUUUUUUUUUUUUUUAAAGUGAAACA